AUUUGGGCCGUGCCGUGUAGCAAAAACCUCGCUAAGAUAUGCGAUUCAAGCUUCUAUACAUCUAUUUAUGGCAGAUCUAUUCCCAUUCGGUUGAGAUCUAGCCCGGAAGGAUCCUAAGGCUGGCUGGCUAGCCGUCUUUUCUGUACAAUGACCUUUGGGUGCCAUCACUCUUCGAUGUGCUUCGAUGUGUUGCUGGUCCAAAUCACGACCUGAUCCAGUAUGAAACAGUCUGCUUUUGCCAUUUCCGUGGAUGAUCUCAUUGCGGUUCACUGUAUGCCUCUGGACGAACUGCGGAGUACACUUUUCCACUUCACUUUACUUGGGACGUCCGCCAGGAAAUCCCUUGUCUACUCCGUACUCCCACCAAAUCUAUGCCAAUGGGCUGCCGAGUCUCCCGGGGGCAACAUGUCAAUUUAUUCAAAACCAUCAUUUACCAAAUGCGAACCGUGGCAACACACAAACCGGAGGAUGUCCGCCGGGAGAUCUCCAAACUUCAGUUCACGGUGCAGUUUGCGCAUUUGCCAUGGCUCUGGACGCCUGCUCCGAAUGCUUCCAGUCCGUUCUCGGCUACGAUAGUUUGCGCUUGAUUCCGAAUAUAUUGGCACUUGCUCUCGACUCAUGGGAAAACAUACUAACGCUGCAGAGUGCUACGGGGCAAAGUGACCUCCCUUCCAUGGUUUCCCAUCCGGACGAUUAUUAUGUCCAGAACCAUCUCUCGCGAACUGCCAAGGAACCACCGGAAGCAAUGGGACCUGUCGCGGUAAAUCCUUUUGGGUCUAGGCCCAUGCAGCUUCGCUGACUGCAUUAUUGCUCAAAUGUUCCCUGACAGCCCGUACGAAGUGACAUUUCACUAGCCCUGUAUACAAAGCAGCUACAGUCUGCUAGGUGUAACUAUUGGUUUAGAGUUUGCUAGCGCUCAAAGGCUAUAUUACAUCCGACGU